ACACCAGUUAAUCCAUCCGAGAAAAAAAGAUAAUCCAUCCGAAAAAAACAGUCCGCCUCGCCGCCGCCGGAGACGAUGAGCGAGCGGCGGUACACCGAGCAGGAGGAGGCCCUCGAGAUCAAGUCCCUCCGCCGCAUCAUCGCCGCCUACGCCAAGAUUGGAAGACAUGUUUAGUUUUUGUCAGCUGUUGGCCUGAUUAGAAUUUUUACCUAUGCAACAUCGGUUUCUGAAUCUCCCCCCCCCCCCUCCCGAAGUGGUCGGUAACACAGGGAAGCUAAUCAACUUUCAGUUUCACUCGGAACAUGGAAUGAUAUUUAUGCAAUAUAACUAGAUGAUAAAAUUCUAGCCCUAACCUUUUAUCAUGAUCAAAGUUUAAAACAUUUGUUUUUAUUAUGUUUGUAAUAGCUAUCAAGAUGCAGCAGAAAGGGAUGUCAAGAGAUACGAGAGAUCAUUCAAAAUGCUUCCUCCUGCGCACAAGGAACUUCUUUUCCACCUUGGUCUGAAGUACCAAAGACUCAGAUGGUGUAUAUCCAUGAAUGGAGCUUUUAUCAUGAACAUGCUUGAGGCAUUUGAACCUCCUUUCGACAUGAGUCAGUAUGUAAAUGCCGGUGGUUAUGACCAUCCACCAAACAUGCAUGACCACAGUCAUGUGGAUUGCACUCAUUCCAGUGGGAGGGGUGAUUGCUCGACAAUUUCUGUCUCCAGAAGCAAUUCGCAAUUGGAUGGGCAGCAUGGUAACCCCAAAGAAGAUGCCAAGACUCAUGAAUCUUCAAGAGAAACUGAAAAUGAAAAGGAUGAAGAAGAACACAUGGCAGGCUGUUCCCAGCCUGUUGGCAGCAACUUGGGAUCAUCCCAAGUUGUAAAUGUAUCAUGUAACGGUGAUACAGAUGCAAGCACAGCUGCUUAUUGUCAAGAUAAAGGUGUCUCUUCAUCUUCUACUGAUGAUAAUGUAACACCACGACAUUGCACAGGUUCAUUGUUCAAGUUGAAUGUUCCUCCAAUAGAUGUUGACAAGGUAAGAUGCAUUGUAAGAAAUAUUGUGAGAGAUUGGGCUGAGGAGGGUCAAAAGGAACGUGAUGAGUGCUACAAGCCCAUUCUUGAGGAGCUUAAUCGUCUUUUUCCUAACAGGAGCAAUGAGAGGCCUCCUUUAUGUCUAGUCCCUGGUGCUGGGCUUGGGAGAUUGGCUCUGGAGAUAUCUUCUCUGGGUUUUGUAAGCCAGGGGAAUGAGUUCUCAUAUUACAUGCUGAUCUGUUCAAGUUUCAUCCUGAACCACACCCAAGAGGCUAAAGAAUGGACUAUAUAUCCUUGGAUACACAGUAACUGCAAUUCUCUUUCAGACAAUGAUCAACUUCGACCUGUUUCAUUUCCUGAUAUUCAUCCCUCAAGUGCAGGUAUCACGGAGGGAUUUUCAAUGUGUGCUGGGGAUUUUGUAGAGGUCUACAGUGAGGAAAGCCAAGAAUCUGCAUGGGAUGCUGUUGUAACUUGCUUCUUCCUGGAUACGGCACACAAUAUUGUUGAAUAUAUUGAGAUCAUAUCAAAAGUUCUCAAGGAUGGUGGGGUCUGGAUAAACUUGGGUCCUCUUCUAUACCACUUUGCUGAUUCAUAUGGACCAGAUGAUGAUAUGUCUAUCGAACUAAGUUUGGAAGAUGUGAAAAAGGUUGCCUAUCAUUAUGGAUUCGUGAUGGAGGUGAGGGUUUAUGCAUUAAAUUUCUAUUUGAUUGAUUAUGAAAAACUGUUAGUGUUCUCGUGGAUUACUUUGAUAUACAAUUUGCAGGUGGAGAAAAUGAUAGAAACUACUUACACUGCAAAUAUGAGAGCAAUGAUGCAGAAUCGAUACCGUGCAGCAUUCUGGACAAUGAGGAAGAAUGCAUCUCAGGCAAAGGCCCAGAAGCGUUGUUGAAGCGAAGAUAAACAUCCAUGCAGUGUGUUCCGUGGUACACAAGCAAAUAGGCUGAACUUGGAUCUGUCCAGUGCGUGUUUAUCCAGGCCGGGGCAACUGGGAUGAUCAGUUCUUGCAAUCGUUUUUUCACCAUUGUAUUCAAACUUUACACAAACCUUACACAAACGGGACCACGACAAAUCUAGAUAGCCAUAUCAGAUUAGCUGCCUGAAUUCACAUAGAAUAUAUAAUUGGCAUCGCAUAGGAAAGUGAUAUAUGUCUCUGCUCGCACUUGUCUAAGUGGCAUAGGAGAAAAGUAUGAGCUAGCUUAGCCUACAAGGUGUCUGUUAAUUGAUUUUGACGGAGAUGCAUUAAUUGCAGAACUGUGACGCUUGACUCGUGAUCUAUAAGCAAUGACUCCAAGGGUGUAUAAUUUGUGAAUUG